AUGCCAGCUCAUCUCAUAUUCGGUGCCGGUGGUGUUGGCCAUACGAAAGACUCCUUCACCUUCACGUGGGAUACUCCCGAGAAGGUCUCGGAGCUCCUCUCAUCACUCAAGAGACUUAACCUUCCAGAAUUGGACUCUGCGGCCGUAUAUCCUCCUGGUAACCCUGGGCACACAGAAAUCCUGCUAGGGCAGGCGAAGGCCGCUGACCAAGGCUUCACCAUCGAUAGCAAAGUUUUCAUUCGUGAGCCAGGAAAGAAUCUCACAGACGCAAAUAUCAGUUCCAGUAUAGAUAAUACCCUGGCCUCAAUUGGAACAGAUCACGUUCGGACAUUGUAUGCACAUUUUCCGGAUUCCGGGACACCGCUAGAGGUAACAGCAGCUGCAUUCGAUAAACAGUAUAAGGCGGGGAAAUACAAGCAACUUGGGCUAUCCAACUUUUCUUUCGAGGACGUGGUAAAAUAUUUUCAGAUUUGUGAAGAGAAGGGGUAUAUUAAGCCAUCCGUCUACCAAGGGCAUUAUAAUGCCUUGGCUCGCUCUGAUGAGAAAGAUCUUAUCCCUUUUCUCCGGAAACAUGACUGCGUUUAUAAUGCUUACAGACCCGCCAUGCAUGACGCCAUUCGCAAACUGAAAGCAGCUUGCGAUUCUACCUCGCCGCCAUUGACGCUUCAGGAAGCGGCGUUGCGCUGGAUUGUCAAUCACUCGGCACUGGGUGAUGGUGAUGGAGUCAUUGUUGGUGCUAAGCGUGUUGACCAACUGGAGUCGAACGUCAAGGAUGCUCGAGCUGGAUCCUUACCAGAACAUGUACGAGAGACAAUUGAAGGACUCUGGUCAGAGGUGGACAUAGAUUAG